GCUCGGCUCUGGGCCGGAAUCCGCGUGGCGAGGGGUGCGUGGCGAUGCCCGGCCCGAGGCCCCCUCAGUGGACAUGGAAGAGGCCCCUCUGCUCGGAGGGAUGUCCGGUCCCGAGGAGGAGAUCGUGACCGACCUUUUCAGUGCAGAGAGUCCGUUCGUUUCGGAGAACCUUACCCUGAAAACCCCGGUGGCGGUGAAGCACGAGGAGGACGAGUUCCACGUGUUUAAAGACGCGUAUCUGAGCUCCGCGGACCCCAAGGAGCCCCUCCUGCACGCGUUCAACCCCCCGCUUCACGUGGACUGUGACAGCCAAGUGAAAGUGGAACUCGCGGUGGACGGCAGCGACGACGAGGAGAUGCUCCCGGAGUACCCGAGUCUCCCCGAGCUCAGCCCGCUGGAGGACGCCGCGCUGCCGGUGGUGGCCCCGCAGCCGCAGGCCUACAACGUGCACUUCCUGUCCUCCCUGCUGGCCCCGCACCGGAGUCCUGCUGUCGUGCCCCUGGGCGCCUGGGCCAGGGAAGGAGGUGCCCACCCGGGGGUCCGGGUGAUUCCAGUAAGAUCCAUGUGGGAGACAGGCGCCGGACCUCGGUCACCCGGUCCGGAACAGAGAAGUGAGACCGCUGGCCCGGGCCAAGAUUUCCCUCACAAGCCUUUUCCCGGGGUGGAAAUAAAGGAAGCAGGUGGUACAAUUAUAAGUAACAAUCCCGAGGAAGCAACUUUUCAGAACCCUCUUGGUCCAGAAUCCUGUUGCAAGUUCCCCUCGUCGCAAGAAGCCGAGGACGCCUCUGGCUGCUCUCACAAGAAAGACUCUAACCCGAUGGUGAUAUGUCAGUUGAAAGGGGGUACACAAAUGCUGUGUAUAGACAAUUCUGGCACAAGAGAACUAAAAGCUCUUCAUUUGGUUCCUCAGUAUCAAGACCAAAAUAAUUAUCUACAGUCAGAUGUCCCUAAACCAAUGACUACUUUAGUAGGAAGAUUUUUGCCAGUACCAGCAAAAUUAAAUCUCAUUACGCAACAACUUGAAAACGGAGGCUUACCAUCCCUAGUCAACGGGUCUGCUUUCCCUUCGGGAUCUGCUCUCCCAGGACCGCCAAAGCUCACCUUGGCUGGAGUAACUCUUAGUUCAUGGGACACAAAGUCUAAAAAGCCAUGUAACUGUACCAAAUCCCAGUGUCUGAAAUUGUACUGCGACUGCUUCGCCAGCGGGGACUUCUGCAACAACUGCAACUGUAACAAUUGUUGCAACAACCUACGUCACGAAAUCCAGCGGUUCAAGGCCAUUAAGGCAUGUCUUGAUAGGAAUCCAGAAGCUUUCCAACCAAAAAUCGGGAAAGGGAGGUUGGGAGACGUGAAGCCUCGGCACAACAAGGGCUGUAACUGCCGGCGCUCCGGCUGCCUCAAGAACUACUGUGAGUGCUACGAGGCCAAAAUUAUGUGUUCUUCUAUUUGCAAAUGCAUUGGUUGCAAAAAUUAUGAAGAAAGCCCAGAACGGAAAACCCUAAUGAACACACCCAACUAUAUGGAAAUUGGAGGGUCUGAAGGCAGCCAUCAGUUGUCACCAACUAAAUUCUCAGGACCACCAAAAUUCAGACAAGAUAGGCGCCCGCCCUCGUGCAUCUCCUGGGAGGUGGUGGAGGCCGCGUGCGCCUGCCUGCUGGCCCAGGGCGAAGAGGCGGAGAAAGCCCGCUGCCCCGACGGCCUGGCGGAGCAGAUGAUCCUGGAGGAGUUCGGGAGGUGCCUGUCUCAGAUUCUCCGCAUCGAGUUCAAGUCCAAGGGCCUGAAGCUUGAGUAGUUA